GGAGAAUUUCGAAGCUGGACCAAUUUGGAUAAGUCCCAUUUUUGAAACCCAAAAAAUCACAGAAAGAUUUCUCAAUAAGGUGGAGGAAAGGUUUUUCUUAUAAUACACUAACAACGAACAUGGCGAAAGUAGAUAGCAGUAGCAGAGCUCCGAGAUGGUCUCUCACCGGAAUGAGCGCUCUCGUCACCGGCGGCACUCGUGGAAUUGGGCAUGCGAUUGUGGAGGAACUAGCUGAAAUGGGGGCAACUGUACACACCUGUUCUCGCAACGAAGCGGAGCUCAACCAUUGCUUGCAAGAAUGGGCUGCCAAGGGCUUUGCAGUCACCGGUUCGGUUUGCGAUGCGUCUUCUCGUCCCCAACGUGAGCAGCUCAUGGAAAAGGUCUCCUCUGUUUUCAAUGGCAAGCUCAACAUACUCAUAAACAAUGUUGGGACAAACAUCAGGAAGCCGACUACUGAGUUCACUGCUGAAGAAUAUUCAAUGCUUAUGGCUACUAAUCUUGAAUCUGUAUACCAUCUGUGCCAACUUGCAUAUCCUCAUCUAAAAGCAUCUGGAGUUGGAAGUAUUAUUUUCAUUUCCUCUGUUGCGGGUCUGGUGAACUUAUCUACUGGAUCCGUUUAUGGAGCAACUAAAGGUGCAAUAAAUCAACUUACAAAGAAUUUGGCUUGUGAAUGGGCAAAAGACAACAUCCGAUGUAAUUCUGUGGCACCCUGGUAUAUCAGAACCUCACUCGUAGAACAUUUGCUAGAAAACAAAGAAUUCUUGGAGAAGGUGAUAUCUCGAACUCCUCUUAGGCGCCCUGGAGAACCAAAGGAAGUCUCGUCGCUGGUGGUGUUCCUUUGUCUACCUGCUGCUUCUUACAUAACUGGGCAGGUUAUUUCUGUAGACGGAGGAAUGACUGUGAAUGGUUUUACAUUACCGUGAGUGGUUUCUAUUCCAACUAGUUGACCAAAGGAAAAAUAAAAAUUCAAAUCAGCCCUUUUACCCACAUGAGAUAUAGAGUAUGGAACAAUGUUCUCACUUUUAACAUGUUCGGUAUGCUUUUCAGAUAUGUUUUUAAUACAUUGUUAACCCAAUAAUGCAUUUAUCAUGAAUGCUAAGGCACAAUGGUGUAUUUCAGAUGCUC